GAGUGUGUCGACACGCUAGCAUCGACUCGGCGCGCCAAAAAGCUGCCUAAAAAGCUCGUACGAACCUCGUACGCGCGCGAGGUCUCGGCAUCCACCCCGCACGCCAUCGCCGCGCAGCUCUACGGCAGUAAAACAGAGCAGCAGCCAUGCCCUCCAAAGCCCAGCAGCGCUACCUGCUGGCCAGCGCCGUCGCGGGCGUCGCCGCAGCCAUCAGAAUCAUCAGAAGACGCAACAUCCACGUACCACCGCAACCGCUCCCAGCCGAUUUCCCCGUCACACCCAAAGAUGUCGUCGACGCCGCGAAACGCGUCAGGCCGCACGUCCACCGGACGCCAGUCUUAACGUGCCAUGGCCUCGACGAGCUGGCCGGGCGCUCCCUGAAGUUCAAGUGCGAGGUCUUCCAGCGGACGGGGUCGUUCAAGAUCCGCGGGGCCACAAAUGCAGCUUUGCAAGCGCCCGAGAACGCGCCCCUCGUGACGCACAGUUCGGGCAACCACGCCCAGGCCCUGGCCCUGGCAGCUAGAUCCACAAACCGCGAGGCCCACGUCGUCAUGCCGCGGACGGCGCCGGCCGUGAAGCGCGCCGCGGUCGCGGGCUACGGGGCUCAUAUAACAUUAUGCGAACCUACCAACAAAGCAAGGGCCGAAGCCGCUCAAAAAAAGACCGAGGAGGUCCAAGGUUAUUUUGUGCACCCGUCCAAUGAACCUAGAGUCAUCUCGGGACAGGGGUCGGUCGCGGUCGAAUUUUUGGAGCAAUGUUCGGACCUGGACGCGUUGGUCGUGCCGGUCGGCGGCGGCGGCCUCAUUGGCGGCAUUGCGGUGUACGCGAAGUGGAAGCGGCCUUCGUUGAAGAUCAUUGGGGCUGAACCGAAAAACGUGGAUGAUGCUUAUAGGUCCAAACAGAAAGGUGAAUUAGUAGGCCACGACGACCGGGAUAGUGUGGCGGACGGCCUGAAGACGCUCCUGGGGUCGAACACGUGGCCCGUGGUCCGCGAUUUGGUCGACGAAAUUAUCACUGUGGAGGAGAGCGAGAUCAAAAAAGCGACGGCGUUAAUAUGGGGCCGCAUGAAGCUGUGCAUCGAGCCGUCGGCGGGCGUGGGCGUCGCGUGUGUCUUGUCCGAGGCGUUCCGGGCGAGGUAUCCCGCGGACGAGUACGGGACGGUGGGGGUCAUCUUGUGCGGCGGGAAUUUGGAUUUGGCGAAGGCUUCGGCGAAGCUGUUCGCGUAAGUUUAGUAUGGAU